AUGUUACUAUCACGUAUAUAUAUUUAUUUUUUAAUAAUAUUAUUAUUGAUAAUUUAUUGUUGUGAAGCACAAAAUGAAAUACGUAAUGCUGUAAGAGCUAAAACUCAUAGAAAAAUUAAAGAAGGAAGACAAAAAAUUGAACGUGGAAGAAAAGCUGCUAAAUAUAUUAAAAAUCAAGCAAGAGUACCAUAUGAUCGAGCAACUUCAAAAGCAAAACGAAAAUAUCAAAAUACAAAACGAAAAAUACAAGCAAUCGAACAUAUUAUUAAUUCAUAA